UUCAGAGUCGCAUUGUCUGCCGCCAACUUCUUAAAAGGGUAAAGCAUAGCUGUCCUUUAUAUCGGCUGCAAACAGUGGGUAGAAUAUGAGGCAAAGUGUUCAAUGGAUGAUAUUGGCAGUGGCCACAGUGGUGUCUACGGCAGUGGCGGUGGCUGGGAGCGGGGGACAGACUCCUGCCAUGCCUGACCGGAAUUCGAAUCUUCCAUCCGAGCUACCUAUCAAUAGUACAUGUAUGGGACAGUGGUUGCGUCAUUCAUUCCCCAGUGACUUCGAUGACAAGCUGAUGAAUUACGAAAAUUUGCUGCGAGCAUUUGAAACGCCAGUUGAUGAAGUAUCUCUGCCAAAGACUAAUCCACUAUUGCUGUCUGCUAUUCUUGAUGGAAAAGAAAGGUCGGCCAGGUUUACGCAAUGUGGAAAAGAUCAGUGUGAACACCCGUCGCCAUGCCAACACGGUGGUAAAUGUUUGUACGCUAGUGUUGAUGGUAACACUCCUCAGCUGAAGCAGUACAAGUGUCAAUGUAAACCUGGAUAUGCCGGACGACAGUGUGAAAAGGCUGUGUCAGCUUGUAUCACGCAUCGUCCAUGUCAAAAUGGUGGACAUUGUCGCAGUCGCGGCCCACAUACCUACGAGUGCCAGUGUAAACCAUUGUUUCAUGGCAAGAACUGCGACAUCAGUGAUUUGGCCAACAUCACCUCAUCGCUUGCUGACCUUGCUCUACGCAUGGAUUCAAUAGAGACCAAAUCUGCUCAGUCAGCUAGUAGAACGGCUGACACUGUGUCCCGUGUACUCAAGCAAAUACAGCACACGUUGGAUCGGCGACUCGAUGACCAAGCAUCAGUCUUACAAAGUGAGGUUCAAGAUAUCAGUGAUGAGGUUAUGAGGAAUUCUCUGCAACACACUGGUUCCUGUAGAGAAGUCCAGCAUCGAUCCAAUUACUCAGCACCUUCAGGUUUCUACCACAUCAUCUCUGGGCUGACGGGAGGAAGAAAACUCAUCCAAGAGGUCUACUGUGAUAUGGAUCACUAUGGUGGUGGUUGGACAAGAAUUGCCUACAUCAACCCCACACAGCAGGGUGGUUGUCCUGGUGACAUGAGUGUUCAAAACCUUCAAGUCAAGCUGUGCAAUAGACGACACAGCAAGAGGCCGAGGCAUGGAUGUGAUGGUGCAACAUUCCAGUCACCUAUUGCCGAGUACAAUGAAGUGAUGGGAUUUGUCACUGGGUACAGGAAUGAAUUAUUGCGCGCAUUCUAUCCCUCACGUUAUGGCAGAACACAGUUGAGGAGCAGGUACAUGGACGGUAUCUCUAUCACACAUGGUUCUCCCAUGCAUCAUAUAUGGACCUACACAGCUAGUGUCGAUGACUUUCCACCAAUCUAUAACUGUCCAUGUAGUCCCAGAGCCGGUGCACCACCUCCAUCAUUUGUUGGUAGUCAUUACUAUUGCGCGGACCAUGGAUCCAAUCGGAGACCUUGGACAUUCACUCCAGCUGCACAUGCAUGGAGCAACACCAGUCAAUGUACUGCUGGUGGUACAUGUUGUGACAACACAGAUAUGCCAUGGUUUCAUCGUCAACUGAACACUAGUACCUCUGAUCAAGUACAGAUACGCAUUUGUACAAAUGCCCGCUAUUCAAAUGUUGGUUUUGAUGAAGCUGCGGUCUUUGUGAGAUAGAAUCCCUUUUUUAUCUUUACAAAGAGUAAAUUCAUGUACUCUUGUUUCUUAGUUGUGGGGUAUACAUGUAAAAGGAAGCUAUGUUCCUUAUCCCCUGGCCUGGUGUGUGUUUGUGCAUGCCACUUUCAUGCUUAUCGCUGUAUUGCUCAAUUUAGUGUUAUUGUCUUUUUAGUUUCGCGCCGCUUUCGAAUCCAUUAUUAGAUUGUUCACUGAGUAUUACACCCAUUGCUACGUACGUUCACUCAUGACCGUAACGAGAAACUGUUUUGAACACUUUUACCGGUAUUUCAGCCUGUAGCCUGCAGUUUCACUUCAAAACUAUGAAAUACUACUGUAUCAACAAGAGUCGAAAGACAACAGUAUCUUAUUGUUGUGAUGGGUCAGUGCUCAGCAUGUUGCCUCAACACGUAAUUUGCCUGCAUCAUGCCCUCCACUCGUGCACUCAAAUCCACAAUCUUACGUACAAGCAUUUGCAUCGUAUCCAUUUUUGCUCAAUUCCCAAUACCCGUUGGGUGCAUGAACUUCUGUGCCGGACAACACUUAAUUUCAAAUCAGAGGGCAGCGGAGUAUUUUCAGCACCGCGCUGACUGCAUGAUGGAGUGAAGUUGGGCAUCGCGAAUCUGACCCAUAUAAAAGGGAACACAGACUCUUGUUUAUGGCCUCGUGCUGUCU